AUGGCGACCGCCGCCAAGGAACGCGACCUCCUUGCCGUCAUCGGCGAUGAGGACACUGUCACUGGCCUUUUGCUCGCCGGCAUUGGACAAAUUAGCCAGGACCACCGGAGAAACUUCCUCGUCGUGGACUCCAAGACGCAGACACCUCAGAUUGAAGCGGCCUUCCAAGAGUUCACAGAACGGAAGGACAUUGCAAUUCUACUAAUCAACCAGCAUAUUGCGGAGAGGAUCCGACCAUCAGUCGACAAGUAUGAGCAGGCAUUCCCAGCACUCCUCGAGAUACCCUCCAAGGAUCAUCCAUAUGAUCCGUCGAAGGAUUCGAUACUCAGGCGCGUGCAGAAACUAUUCGGUGAAUGA